UUUUUAUAAAUUGUUUAAUCAGUAUUAACACCAUAAUAUUAUAAUAAUUAAUACCCGAUAGCACCACAAGCGUCCACCAGUACACAUACACACACCCGACACCCCCCGAGAAGCAUACAAUAAUAAUGGCCAGUUCACAGCCGCGACAAAAUUUUCACGCCGAAGUUGAGGCGGCCAUCAACAAGCAAUUGAAUCUUGAAUUGCACGCCUCCUAUACCUAUCUGUCGAUGGCCUACUAUUUCGAUCGGGACGAUGUGGCACUGCCCGGGUUUCAUAAGUUUUUUGAAACCCAAUCGGACGAAGAGAGAGGCCACGCCAUGAAGUUUAUGAAAUACCAGAACAAACGGGGCGGUCGUAUUGUACUCAAGGAUAUACAUAAGCCUAGUUUGGACGACUGGGGCAGCGGUAUCGAUGCCAUGCAGGCGGCCCUACAGCUGGAGAAAACAGUCAACCAAUCGUUGUUGGACUUGCACCGUAUGGCCGGCGCCCAUGGAGACGCUCAUAUGUGCGACUUCUUAGAAAGUGAAUUCCUCGGCGAACAGGUCGACUCAAUCAAACAAUUCAGUGAUUAUAUUACUAACUUGAAGCGCGUGGGUUCGGGACUCGGAGAGUAUAUGUUCGAUAAGGAAACACUUCGGGGAAACAAUGGCAAAGAGUAGAGACAUACAGACAGACAUACAGAGAGAGAGAGAGAUGGCGAUUAAAACUCCAGUUUUUUUGUAAUAAUAAUUUUUUUAUAUUUUAUUGAUAACUACUUUAUCUACUGUCCAUUGAAAACUACUGUAUACUCUUCCAACUCUGUCUAUAUCAGAGAAAAGCCCUAAUUAAUUAAUUACCGGUAAUUACUGUUUUAUUUUUUUGUUGGUAUUACUAUUAUUAUUGAAACUGUAAACUACUGCCAUAUUUACGGGAUAGGGGGUUAUGGAGCGGGAAAAAUUGAAACCUAUUAAUGAUCUAUACUAUGAUAUUACCGGUAGUCGUAACGUACAUAAGCCUUGAAUUUUGUUUAGUUUAGAUUUUUUUAAUUACCGGUAGUAUUAUUAUUAUUAUACUGUAUUACCCCUUAUAUUAUAAUUCUCAUAUACACACAACUAUUGAAUAUUAUAUAUAUACCCUUAACUAUAGUUUAUACUA